AUGGAGAUGGUUGAUGCAGUUGACGGAUACAAGUUUGCUGACGAAUCUACGAGCGAUGUCCGUGUUUGCUUUAGGCGGACCGGCGGUCGCGGCGAGCAGCCAGAACGGUUUCCCUGCCACUCGUCCGUCCUCUCCAACAGGAGCAAGUAUUUCGCGGACUUGCUGGGUCAACAAAGCGAUGCCCGUUCUGGUGGUAGCAAUAACUGCAUUGAAGUCCAGUGCCCGAGGGCUGAGUAUGACCAUUAUGUCAAGUUGUUGAAGUUUAUGUAUCUUUCGAGAGAUUCGAUUGAGGACGCAAUCACCUCCGUUAAGUCGGCUCUCGGCGUUCUUCGAGCAGCCACCUCUCUCAAAUCCGAGUUCGUUGCCGAAACCUGCAUAGGAUACCUGGAAUCUGCUUCCUGGGAAGAAAAGGAGGAGGAAGAGAUUUUACAGUUUGCUCAGACCCUGGCCCCAGAAGCUGCUGCACCUUUGUUGGCCCGUUUGCAAGCUCCCAGUGCGAACGCUGUGAAGACUGUUUUCAUCUCCGCUGUGCGCUUCGCUGCGUCCAUGGAGACUUCAGCUGCUCCUUUAUUCGAUGACAUCAAGACUGCUGCUCAAGAGCAGAUUGACUUCAUGCUCCAUGAUGGUGAUGACCCUGCAAUUGUUAUGAUGGAUGAAGAUGUAAGGUCUGUCUUGAGGGAAGGUUUGACAAAACUGUUGUCAACGCUUCGGACUGGACUAGAUCUCUUGGCCUCAGAGUUUGAUAAAUUGCCUGAACAAGCAGAGCAAAGGAUUGUGCGCAGCUUAGUUGACAUUGACUGGAUAACCACUGUCUUGACAAAGACUGAGCUGAUGAACGAGUUUGUUUCUGGCUGGUUAGAAAUCUCAGACCAUGUUGUCUCGGUGGUUCAGAACGACAAGUAUAGCUCAGGUCUGUGGGCUGUGAAGACAAAGCUUAUAGAAGUGACUGGAAAGGCCUUGGAUGCUGUUGGCUAUGGCUCUGUGAUUCUCCCGUCAACAUCCAGAGCGCAUCUUGUGAAGACAUGGCUCCCGUACAUCCGGACGACAAAGCGCUUCCUUGAUGCCAAGGCGAAAGACGAGGCAUUUCCUCAGAUGGAUGCGGGCUUGUGUCAGAAUAUCGAGAGCGCAAUUGUUUCAUUGAUUUUAGCAUUGCCUUCAGGCGACCAGUCGGAUAUCCUGUCGGACUGGAUGCAGAAAGCAGACCAGUUCAGAUACCCUGACCUCACCGAAGCAUUCGAGAUGUGGUGUUACCGCAGCAAAACAGCAAUCAGGCGGCUGAAUGGGGCGGUAGAUAAGGGCAGCAACCCUAUCAGCUUGUUAAGAGUUCCUGGGCCGAGUGACUCCCAGUUCCAACCAGGUCUGGUGUUCCUCUUGUUCCUGAGGACCGCUUAA